AUGGCAGGUGGUCAAUAUUUAUCGAAUGAUGAGUGUGCUAGGGAGUUCGCGCAUUUCUUUGAGUCCGUGUACUCCAAGGUACCACCAAAGCUGGAUGUCAGCGAAGCGGUGGCUGGUGAGACUGAUGUAUCCAGUUCACACGUUCAUUUGGGGGCUCUGAGCUUUCAGGACGUUAAGAAAGCGCUUGAAAAUUUGAAGCCCAAACGAUCAGCGGGCCCCGAUGGAAUACCUGCAUUUUUAUUUAGAGACUGUGCAAGGGUGCUGGUAGAACCACUCCACUACAUCUUUUACACCUGCUUAAAGCAGGCGAAGUUCCCUGCCGAGUGGAAGAUCACUCGUGUCAUUCCGGUCCCUAAGGGUUUGUCUGGAGCAGAUGUCAGUGGUUAUAGACCAGUGGCUGUGCUGUCGACACCGGCCAAGGUUUUCGAAUCUGCCGUUCAGCGCUGCGUGCAGGAUCAGGUGCGAGCACAGCUGUCUGACGCGCAACAUGGAUUCCGGCCAGGGCGUAGCACUGCCACGAAUCUGCUCAAUUUUAUGGCGCAAGUUGUACCAGCAGUCGAUGCUGGACUGCAGGUAGACGCUGCGUAUUUUGAUUUUAAAAAGGCAUUUGAUACCGUCGACAAUGAUAUCCUACUAAAAAAACUGGCAAAGAUUGGAUGUACACCACACCUACUAAAUUUUUUUGCUAGCUAUAUGAAAGACCGGCAACAAUAUGUCGAUUACAAUGGAUCCGAGUCUGAACCGUAUUACACCAGGUCUGGUGUAAGCCAAGGUAGCAAUCUGGGACCACUGGAAUUCAUUAUAAUGAUUAACGAUUUACCGAAAGUCGUCAAGCACUGCACAUGUUUGUUGUUCGCAGAUGAUCUCAAACUGCUGCUUGAAGUCAGGGAAAGAACCGAUAGUGCUCUUUUACAAGCCGACAUAAAUAGAGUAGUGGAGUGGAGCUAUGAGAACCAUCUACUCUUCAAUGUUGCCAAGUGUUCGGUGUUAACUUUUACUCGUAGUCGAACACCGCUGUGCUGUGAGUAUAAAGUAGAUUCAACUCCGAUGCAACGGGUGUCACAGGUGCGUGAUUUGGGGGUGGUUCUCACUCCUGACUUGACAUUUCGUGGUCAUAUUACCAAUAUAUGCAAGAAAGCAUAUCGGAAUCUUGGUUUUGUGUUAAGACAAUCUAAACACUUUACUAAUAUUACUACCGUUAGGGUGCUAUAUGACGCUCUGGUCCGGAGCCACUUAGAACAUAGCGGAGUCAUAUGGUCCCCGCACGAGGUAAAGUACGUGGCCAUGUUAGAACGGGUCCAGAACAAAUUUACGAAGCACCUGUACUUGAAACUUUAUGGGGUAUAUCCGCUAUAUCCGCUGAUGUACCCCACAUUGUUUGUACUGGGUAUGGUUGGGUACAACGAGCUCAGGGUGCGGCGCGAGUUCGCCCUCGCGUCGUACCUAGUGAAGCUGUUGCGUGGUGUCGAGCACAACCCGGGGGUUCUGCGCCGCCUGUGCCUGAACGUGCCGGACCGGUACGUGUGGAGGCGCCGCCGCCCACCACUAAUGGCGGUGCCGACGGCCAGGACCAACCUCUUGGCCAAGGCGCCUCUCACCCGAGCCAUUACUAAUAUAAAUGAGGUGCAUAUCAAAGCAGAUGUUUUGACAUGUAACUGGAGUGAGCUCACACAUAUUUUGUUGCAUGUAAUUUGUUAUUCUUAG